AGGCAAGAGGCAUUUCUGCACUUCCAGGCAGGAGCUGGAGGCACAGGGCAGUGCUCGGCCAGGAGCGAGGGAUCGGAAUUGGAACCGGUGCCAUUUCCCGGUGCAGGCGAGAGGAAGAUGAAGGUCCUGCUGAUGCCGGCGCUGCUGCUCGCCUGCGGCAUGCUCGCAGCUCGUGGGAAGCACCCGCACACGUUUGCUCCGGGGCUGGAAGGGAGCACCGUGGGAAACCUGACUGCCCAUGGCUGUGGCUCGGGAUGGGGCCGUGGUCGCGCUGCCUUCAUGGACAGGUGCUGCCUGCUCCGUGCCUGCUGCUAUGCCAAGCUGGCCGCACGCCGCUGCCGCGUGGGACAGACCCAACGCCUCGCUGUGCCCCAGCCGGGGGUCCCUGCCUGCAGCUCCGGGACUUGGUGCCAGCGCGCAGCCUGCAGGUGUGAGCGUUUGGCGCAGCUGUGCCGGGCUCGCAGCCGGGCGCUGCGCAGGUGUCGAGGCAGGCGCUGCUGAUGGAGAAAGGCUCCUCGUCAUAAACCCACCUCCAUGCUGGAGGACAGCCGCCCUUUUGUGAAGCUGCGUCAUCGGACACUGGGUGUGAGGAGGGCGGCGCAGAUGGAAUGUUUCUGCUCAGAAAAACAAGGGAGGAGCAGACACCUGUGCCUUGUCACAGCAAAGGGCGAGUUGAUGGAAGCAGUCUUGCUGUUGGCGUCCACCCCUUUUGGCUCAAGCUCCCCAUUGGUAAAUCACUGCAGAGAUGUCGGCUCCCUCAGCUUCUUGCUUCGCUGCAGAACCUUGUAUGUUGCUCCAAAAUAAAACCAGAGAGCACAAA